AUGUAUCUCAUUGAGGGCAGAAUCAUUCAGAAAUUUCCUGAAGAGUCUACAUACCCAGAAGACCCUAACAUCACGGUCCGAAAUGAAAAGGUGGCGUAUAGGCAAAUAGGAAAUCACGCUCGCAUCGCGCAAUGGAUCCCAGACGAUGCCGAUGAGUACAUUGACCUCGUCUUCUACCCGAACGGAAAUAUGACAGACUACCUCGAUCGAUACAAAGACGAGAUCCCACAUCAUCUAGUGGUUCGAUGGGGACUACAAAUCAUCGAAGCAAUCACUGUGAUCCACGCAAGAGAGAUUAUUCAUUCAGAUCUCAGUCUCAAACAGGUCCUGCUUGAUGAAGAUCUUAAUGCCCGUCUUUCUGAUUUCAAUGCGUCGUUUUGCCCGGGGCAGCCGGCGCUUAGGUUUGGAAAGCCAACUUAUUUCCUUCCGAGAGACCCAGAUGCCCCAAAUACAGUCCAGUCGUUUUCCCUGGGCUCGACGAUGCUGCUCUCAAAACAGAUCAACCACAAGCUAUGCAGUCAGCUGAAACGGCUGUGGGACUACCUGGGGCCUGACAAAGCGCCGUUCGCGACUCCCAUUAUGAUUGAAGGCGGCGAGGUGAAGUGGCACUCGUUUCUUAACAGGGACAAAGGCGACGAGGCGGAAAUUUAUGAUUAA